UUUUUAGUAUAGUAUUUGUCACUGACCUUUUUAUCUUUUUAGUCCCAACGUCCUCUGUGUUAGUCCAACCUUUUACCAACGGUCAGCCCCUCUCCUUUCAGGAAGAAAGGCUGGCGUUUUUAAAUCCAAACAUUUGAUCCAUAUUGUCAAAUUUGAACCUUGGCCGGUGCAUUUUCAUAUAGAUUUUGGAGGGAAAAUGCUGGCUCGGUCUUUGAAGAAUAUAUGAACUGUUGAGAAGCUAGUUUAUCUUUGCAGUGCAAAAGGUAAGAUGGUUUCUAACCUAACCACUACACUCCAACACGGUUUAUCAAGUGCCCAGUGACACGCUUUUGGUCAAGGUUCGCUGUCAGUACAGUUGCUGCCAGCGUGGGUCACACGUCCCUCUGUCACUUUCAAGACUUCGGUCUAUGUAACGGGGCUCCCUGGGUUUAGUCGAAUCUAGAGAUGUGGAGUUGUCUCAGUGGUUACAGGCCAUCUUAUUUCGUGCUAGAGGGGGGUUAAGGAGUGGGGAGGAGCAUCAGGGAGCCACCAUCUCCCCUGCUCUGUCGCUCCACCCCCCGCGCGCUUGCAAAGGAUUGGUGGAGUGUGCGCGCAGAGAGCUGCCUUCCUGACCGUUCAGCUUUGCCCCAUCAGUGCUCAGGCAGACCUGCAUUAGUUGUAAAUUUGAGUAUGAUUUAAAGGAGUUGUACACAGCUGGCUAUCUAGCUGAUAUCCACCGCUGUUGAAUAGUGCUAAAUUGUGUGGGGGUUAUGAAUGAGUUCUCACUCAAGUGCCUUAACGGGGUUCAAAGUGUUGUCGGGCAGACGGCUCACAAUCUGUACUCCACCACCUGCGUCAGAUGCUGGGUUAGAAAGACAGGCCCGCGCAGCAACAGCGAUGACUUCUUUAUUUCAGAGCUUUGGAGGCUUCUAGAUGCCAAUAAUUCUACCACAGACUUUUCUCCCCACCCAUUGGCCAGGACUCAAGAAAGCAAGCCAGGAUAAAGAAAACAAAGAUUUUGAAAAUAUUUCAUGAGUAUGCCAAAAGCAUGAAAGACAAUGAUUAAUACUUCUUCCCUUUUCCUUCAAAUAUGCAAUACUAUUCCCAAAGAAAUGGGAUCAGUUCAUUUGGCCAAGAUCAAGCCAGUAACUGCCCUCCUGUAGUUUGAAAUGAAACUUGAAUUGAUGAGCAGCCUGAAAUCUGACUUCAACCUAUAUUUCACUGGUGAAACAUAUGAAAGCCUUUCUUCCCUCCCACUCACCCAAAAGCAUCUUUUGUUUUCUUUGAAAUGAAAUGGUCAUUGCAUGGAUGAAAACAAAAAGUAGUCUUUUUUUAUGUUUGUGUUUGGGAAGACCCUGUUUUAUUUCCAUAUUUAAAAGACAAUGUAUUGUUUGAAUACUUUUACUAACGAUCUUGUUUUCUGAUUUUGUCUCUUUUGGUUUUUCCACAACUGAUAUUGUUAUUUAGAAGGUUUCAGGUGGGUGACACUAUUCCUGCGUAGGUGCCUGGCGGAAAGGAACACUAGGGCAGCCUCAGUCCUCUCCUCUUCUUCCAGCCAGCUGCGGCCACAACUCUGACAAAGUCCAAAAAUAUGGCUUGCUACCUGAAAGCCAUAGAGACUCAGCCUAACUUUGCAGUGGCUUGGAGCAACCUUGGCUGUGUGUUCAAUGCUCAAGGAGAGAUAUGGCUGGCCAUACACCAUUUUGAAAAGGCAGUGACGCUGGACCCAAAUUUCCUUGACGCAUACAUAAAUUUAGGAAAUGUUCUGAAAGAAGCCCGCAUAUUUGACAGAGCUGUGGCUGGAUACCUGAGGGCCCUGAGUCUUAGCCCCAACCAUGCGGUUGUACAUGGGAACUUGGCCUGUGUCUACUAUGAGCAAGGCCUCAUUGAUCUGGCUAUUGACACCUACCGCCGUGCUAUUGAAUUGCAGCCCCACUUCCCAGAUGCUUACUGCAAUUUGGCAAAUGCCCUGAAGGAGAAAGGCAACGUGUCUGAAGCCGAAGAGUGCUACAAUACAGCCUUGCGUUUGUGUCCAACCCACGCCGACUCUCUUAACAACUUGGCCAACAUCAAGCGUGAGCAGGGCAACAUUGAAGAUGCAGUCCAGCUUUACAGGAAAGCACUAGAGGUGUUCCCAGAGUUUGCAGCAGCUCACUCCAACCUCGCCAGUGUUCUGCAGCAGCAGGGCAAACUCCAGGAGGCCCUAAUGCACUACAAGGAGGCCAUCAGAAUCAGCCCUACAUUUGCUGAUGCCUAUUCCAACAUGGGCAACACACUGAAGGAAAUGCAAGAUGUACAGGGAGCGCUGCAGUGCUACACCCGUGCUAUCCAGAUCAACCCUGCCUUUGCUGAUGCUCACAGUAAUUUGGCGUCUAUCCACAAGGAUUCUGGAAACAUCCCAGAGGCCAUUGCGUCCUACCGCACAGCCUUAAAACUCAAGCCGGAUUUCCCCGAUGCUUACUGCAACUUGGCACAUUGUCUGCAGAUUGUGUGCGACUGGACCGAUUACGAAGAGCGGAUGAAGAAGCUUGUGAGCAUCGUGGCCGACCAGCUGGAUAAGAACCGCUUGCCCUCUGUGCACCCCCACCACAGCAUGCUGUAUCCGCUCUCUCACGGCUUCCGCAAAGCCAUCGCUGAACGCCACGGAAACCUUUGCCUGGACAAGGUACACGCACUGAUCAAAAUCAAUGCACUGCACAAACCUGCUUUUGAGCAUCCAAAGGACCUGAAGGCCAGCGGGGGUCGACUGCGUAUUGGCUACGUCAGCUCGGACUUCGGCAACCACCCCACUUCCCACCUGAUGCAGUCCAUUCCUGGAAUGCACAAUCCUGAGAAAUUUGAGGUGUUCUGUUAUGCGCUCAGUCCUGAUGAUAGCACCAACUUCCGUGUGAAAGUGGUAGCAGAGGCUCAUCAUUUCACAGACCUCUCACAGAUUCCUUGCAAUGGCAAAGCAGCUGAUCGUAUUCACCAGGAUGGAAUCCACGUUCUGGUCAACAUGAAUGGAUACACAAAGGGAGCCCGAAACGAGCUCUUCGCUCUCCGCCCCGCCCCCGUUCAGACUAUGUGGCUGGGUUACCCUGGAACCAGUGGUGCCCCCUUCAUGGACUACAUCAUCUCUGACAAGGAAACUUCACCUUUGGAAGUCGCUGACCAGUACUCUGAGAAACUGGCCUACAUGCCCCAUACUUUCUUCAUUGGAGACCACGCCAACAUGUUCCCUCACCUCAAGAAAAAAGCUGUGAUUGACUUCAAGUCCAAUGGACACAUCUUUGACAACCGCAUUGUUCUCAAUGGUAUUGAUCUGAAGGCUUAUCUGGACAGCCUGCCAGAUGUCAAAGUGAUAAAGAUGAAGGUUGACAACAACCAGGAAGCUGCUGGGGAUGCAAAUGGAGCUCUGUCCAUGCCCGUCAUCCCCAUGAACACUGCAGCCGAGGCAAUCAUCAAUAUGAUCAAUCAAGGGCAAAUCCAGGUCACAAUCAACGGCUUCACCAUCAGCAACGGCUUGGCAACCACACAGAUCAACAACAAAGCUGCCACUGGAGAGGAGGUGCCACGCACCAUCGUCGUGACAACCCGCUCCCAGUACGGUCUCCCGGAGGACUCUAUUGUCUACUGCAACUUUAACCAGCUCUACAAGAUUGACCCUCCUACUCUUCAGAUGUGGGCCAAUAUCCUGAAGCGCGUGCCCAACAGUGUUCUGUGGCUUCUUCGAUUCCCGGCUGUUGGCGAGCCCAACAUCCAGCAGUACGCCCUGAAUAUGGGUCUGCCUGCCUCUCGCAUCAUCUUCUCUCCCGUGGCCCCCAAGGAGGAGCACGUGCGACGGGGCCAGCUGGCUGACGUGUGCCUAGACACUCCUCUGUGCAAUGGUCACACCACAGGCAUGGACGUCCUCUGGGCCGGGACACCCAUGGUCACCAUGCCAGGUGAGACCCUUGCCUCCCGUGUGGCUGCCUCGCAGCUCAACUGCCUGGGCUGCCCCGAGCUAAUAGCGCCGAAUCGUCAGGACUAUGAGGACAUAGCCGUCAAACUGGGCUCUGACAUGGAAUAUCUGAAGAUGGUCAGAGCACGUGUUUGGAAGCAGCGAAUUUGCAGCCCUCUUUUCAACACCAAGCAGUACACGAUCGACCUGGAGCGGCUGUACCUGCAGAUGUGGGAUCACUACAGCAAUGGCAAAAAGCCUGAACCUCUGGUCAAUAUCCAUUCAGCAGAGGCCAAUGAGAAUGCCUGAACUGGAAGCACAAUGAAUUCUUGUCUUUUUUUUUUUUUUUUUUUUUUUUUUAAAUACCUCCAUCAUAUCCAGCCCUCCCACUUUUUUUUUUGUUAAAACAUUAUUGACACUUGUUGGGAAUGGUCGAUCUGCACUCCAGCCCGCUCCCAUUGCGCUCAUCUGCUAUAAACGGGACUCUUGUUUGUGAAGGAGCCUACAGAUGUACACAUCCACCCCCAUCCCAUCCGUUGUUUCAUCACACAUCUGCAUUUCCUGAGCCAGAUGCAGCCUGAGACUUUCAGGCAUCUCGUCUGAGACUCAAACAGUAUAUUUGGUGAGCGUGAGGAUUGUGAAUGCCCUGCUAACCCCUCUGUACUUGGAUAUUUUUUCCGCUCCUGUGUGUGCGUGUGCACAGGAUUGUCUGCAGCUUGUGGAGAGAAUGUUCAGCCCUCAUUUCUUGUUGAUCUAUUUAUAAAUGGAUUAAGAGUGGUUUUAAAAGGACAAUGAUGCACCAAUGAAAUUGUAAGUUUUAAGCUUUAACAUGCGAUUGUAAAACUUAAAUUGCAACAGAGUGCUCUUUAGUUUGUCCUAAACUGUUUAAUUACUACAAUGAGGUAGAUGUGCAAGUUUUGAAGAAUGCAGUCUCAAUAAGGACUGCUUCCCUUCACCAAAUGCCAGAUUUUAUUCUGUCAGUCAAGGAAUAUGUCCAAUGGCUGUUGUCCUGUUUGAUGUCACACCAUGCUUGUAAAAAUAUUGGACAAAGUUUAAAUUCCUUGGUAAAGGCCUACAUUUUAGUUUAGAUGUCAAAGCAGUUUUUUUUCAUCACACAAACGGAAUGGCCUAGGUAAGUAUUUUCUAAGUUUUUUUUAAAAGUUUUUUUUGUAUUGUCUGUUAAAUGUAUGCUCAAUGAUGCCAAGAGGGUCUAAAUAUAAUUAAAAAGAAAUAAAAGAGAUGGCGGAACUCUAAAAA